UUUGUCAAACGAAGCGGAUGAAGACUCUCACUUAAGGAAACACCUACAUACCGAUUACUAGUUACCAACAGCGCAUUAAAACUUCUUUAAUUAAGCAAAGGAAGGUAUCCAUUUUCACGUUAUUUUAUGGCACGUAUAAAAGUAGCUGUUCUUGGCACAGGCGUCUCUGCCUCCAUUUUUCAUUUUCCAUACUUAGAAGCCCUUCCAAAGCAAUAUGAGCUUUAUGCUUGUUGGGAAAGACGGGCAACAGAAACGUACUCAAAAGCGAAGGAGAAGUAUCCAAACAUAAAAGUCUUCACAAACGUCGAUGAACUUUUGGCUGACACUGCUAUUGAGCUCGUUGUGGUUUCCCUUCCGCCUGCUUGUCAUGAGGAAAUUGUUACAAAGGCUUUAAACGCCCAUAAACACGUUGUUUGUGAAAAACCGUUUACAGAAACUGUUGAGGAAGCCAAGAAGUUGUUUGAACUAGCCGACAAAGUGGACCGGCUUUUGUGUGUCUAUCAAAACCGUCGAUGGGAUGGCGAUUAUAUGACGGUCAAGAAUCUUAUCGAGUCAGGAAGAUUGGGACAAAUUGUUGAAUUCGAAUCUCAUUUUGACCGAUACUCAGUUUCCCUUGGAUCAAAGAAAAGUUGGAAAGGAGAACUGGGUUAUGCCAAUGGUUUACUGUAUGGCAUUGGUUCUCAUCUUAUCGACCAAGCGAUUGCUCUUUUUGGUGAACCCGUAGGCGUCACUGCUAAAGUAAUGAAUCAAAGGCAGUUUCCGCCUUUGGGUUUGGACGAUUAUUAUUACAUUGUCCUGCACUACUCAGCCGAUAAUGAACAACUCCCAACAGAAGUAAUUCUCAGAUCAACAUUUGUCGCCCCUGGCUACACUCCAAGGUUUAUUGUGCGAGGAACGAAGGGUACAUUUGUCAAGGAAGGCUUCGACCCUCAGGAAAAACAGAUUGCCAAGGGUAUGAAACCUGACGACCCAGCAUACGGAAAAGACCAUCCGGACAAUUAUGGAUCUUUAUGGUAUACAGACGAUGUAGUUGAACCUGAUAUUAUCAAAGAGACUGUUCCAACAACUAUUGGUGACUAUCGUUUCUUUUACAGACAAAUUGCCAAAUGUAUCGAGAACAACGACAGAAGUUUGACACCUGUCCCACCUCAACACACGCUCUCUGUCCAGCGGGUCAUUAGUGCCAGUAUUCAAGGUUCAGCCAGUGGAGAAUCUGUAACGUUUGAUACGCACCUUUGAACAUGUAAAAGUACGCUAAACUUGUCAAUAUAAAAUGAACGAAGGGGAAGAAAAGUAUCGUUUUGUGUUCGCUAACAUUGAAUGCACUAAUUUUGCACGGAAUCGCUCCUCAAGACCAUUUAUAAGCAGCUAUUAACUUCAGAUGAAUCAUGCAGUUCAUAGUUGUUACAAAUAAAACGCAAUGUCAUUAAACUUUAAGUAGUUGGAACGAGAGUCAUUCAGAAUCAGAGUGGAUCCUAAACGGAA